AUUCUUGUUUUUCAGUUGUAGAGAAAAAAUGGGUUCUCUUGUCCCAUUUCAAGACCUUAAUCUUCAACCUGAAUCGACUAAUUUCACAUCUGCUACAACCCCAAAUCCAAGAAUUAUCCCAAAGAUUGAACCAAAACUUGAACCCCUUGAUGAGUAUACACAAGCUGAUCUUCAAAGCACACCUUUUUUUUCCAACCCUAGUCCCAAUUUCAACUCAAGUUCUGGUUCAGCUUUUACCAGGAACCCACAAUUAGCUACUCCUGAGGCUGAUUCACAAUCACCAAGUUCGAUUGUACCGGAGAUUCCACCUGGGUGCGAUGGAAACAAUGUUUAUGUUUAUUCGGAAUAUAAUCGAAUUUCUGAGAUGUUUAAAGAAGCUUUUACUAAGAAAAUGCAGCGGUAUGGAGAUGUUGAGGUGGUUGGAAACCAGAAUCAGGAUUCUGCUGAUGAGGUUAUGGAAGACCCUGAUGCUCGAGCUAUUGUUCCGGUGAGUAAUAAUGAUACACAGGUUGCAGAAGUGGUGGUUGCUAAAAGGAAAUAUCAACAGAGAUCAGCGGAAUUGGUUAGAGUGACAGAUCUUAAGGUUGAAGAUCAGCUUUAUUUUCGAGAUGCUGUUAGGAAAACCCGAAUGCUGUAUGAUUCCUUGCGAAUUCUUGCGAUGGUGGAAGAUGAUGGAAGCCAGCAUUUGGGUCCAUAUAGAAAGCCAAGAGGUGAUUUGAAGGCUUGUCAAAUAUUGAGAGAACAUGGGUUGUGGAUGAAUCGUGAUAAGCGGAUUGUUGGGGCGAUUCCUGGAGUGCUUAUUGGGGAUGUGUUCUUCUUUAGGAUGGAGCUUUUGGUUGUUGGAUUACAUGGGCAGGCUCAAGCUGGGAUUGAUUAUGUACCUGCAAGUCAGAGUUCGAACCGGGAGCCAAUUGCUACGAGUGUGAUUGUUUCAGGUGGCUAUGAGGAUGAUCAAGAUGGAGGAGAUGUGAUUAUAUAUACAGGUCAUGGUGGACAGGACAAACACUCGAGGCAAUGCGUGCAUCAGAAGCUGGAAUGUGGGAAUUUGGCAUUGGAGAGAAGUAUGCACUAUGGAAUUGAGGUAAGGGUAAUUCGUGGCUUUAAAUAUGAAGGAAGUGGAAGUGCAAGUGGUAAGGUCUAUGUGUAUGAUGGAUUAUAUAGAAUUGUUGAAUGCUGGUUUGAUGUUGGGAAGUCUGGAUUUGGAGUGUAUAAAUACAAGCUUGUUAGGAUAGAGAAUCAGGAAGAGAUGGGAAGUGCUAUUCUUCGUUUUGCACAGAAUCUUAGGAUCAGACCUUUGGUGGCAAGGCCUACUGGUUAUGUUACUCUUGAUAUAUCAAGGAAAAAAGAAAAUGUGCCAGUGUUUCUUUUCAACGAUAUUGAUGAUAAUCACGACCCGGCUUAUUUUGAAUAUCUAGUAAAACCUAUUUAUCCUCCACAUGUCUCUCUGAAUGUGCACAGUGGUAAUGGCUGCGAGUGCAUUGAUGGGUGUGCUGAUAAUUGUUUUUGUACUAUGAGAAAUGGUGGCCAAUUUGCCUAUGAUUAUAAUGGGAUAUUGUUGAGAGGCAAACCGUUAGUAUUCGAAUGUGGACCACAUUGUCGAUGUCCUCCAACUUGUCGGAAUAGAGUGACUCAGAAAGGUUUGAGGAACAGAUUUGAGGUGUUUCGGUCUAGAGAGACUGGUUGGGGAGUUAGGUCACUGGACUUGAUCCAAGCUGGGUCCUUUAUCUGUGAAUAUACUGGGGUUGUACUCACACGAGAGCAAGCCCAAAUUUUUACAAUGAAUGGUGACAGUUUAGUCUAUCCAAGUCGCUUUCCUGAUAGAUGGGCAGAAUGGGGAGAUUUGUCGCAAAUAUAUCCUAACUAUGAGCGCCCAGCAUACCCCUCCAUUCCUCCUCUGGAUUUUGCUAUGGAUGUGUCUAGAAUGAGGAAUGUAGCAUGUUAUAUUAGUCACAGUUCAAGCCCCAAUGCUUUGGUGCAGCCUGUGCUUUAUGAUCACAACCAUGUAGCGUUCCCCCACAUGAUGCUCUUUGCAAUGGAGAAUAUUCCCCCUCUAAAGGAGAUCAGUAUUGAUUAUGGGGUAGCAGAUGAAUGGACAGGAAAGCUUGCCAUCUGUGAUUGACUAACUUAUAGUAGUUGAUUCAAUUUUGAAAAUGAUGCGGCACAGCUGUUUCUCGUACAUCAUUUGCUGAGGUAAUUUAAACAUUCAAGACAAUA